AUGUUUCGCUACCACGUGGAGCUGCUUGGGUGCGAAUGGAUGGAUGGGCAGCCUCCGGAGGGAGGAGGCCCUGUAGCAUGUCUUGAGGUUUACUGUCACAGGCGUGGUGCCCGGCGCCGCGUGGCACAUUUCCCGUCAGAGUUUGAGGUUCGCAGUGCGCCAGAGACGGACACACUUUUUCUCUCAGUGUUGCAUGGGGACACCGUCUUGGCAAGCAGCGAGGCGAUCCCCAUUGGCGGCGUCAAUCGCUGCGUGGGUUUUCGCACAGUGGCACUAAAGGCAGGGGAGGCAGCUCUGUGCAAGGUGCGCAUUAUGUGGUCUGUCGAGGCAGAGGAUGGGACGGCGUUUUCGAGAAGGGUGGAGGACUUUGCGGGAGGCGAGGGCCAUACGGCACCGGUAGCAACAGAGAGGGAUCGCCUUUCCACACACCCCGAGAGGCUGCCGGUGGUGGGAGAGGCGCCUGCCACCGAAAAAGUGUCGGCUGUUUCAGAGGCUCCCCCCGUCCUCUGUGAGGUGCCGGCGACAAGUGCGGUGCCGCAACCGCAAGAGCAGGGGGCCACAACUCUGCGCCGGGAUGCUCUUCCGCCGGCCUCGCCGGAGAGGGGAGCUCAGUGGUCCGUGGGCGGCCCGCAACACGCCCCGAAGGGUCUUCUUGAUUACUAUGUAACCUCCACGCAGGUUGUUGAGCGACCGAAGGCCUGGAGAAACUUAUACACUAGCCCUGCCCCACUUCUUGUUGCGUGUGGUUUGCUGCAGGACGGGGCGGAAGCAGUUCCGAUGACGACGACGACAACGACGCGCGGAAAGCGCUGCGGACGUCCUACCUACACUUCAGUUCUGGGGGCUUCGUCCCUCGACGAUAUUCGCCUGCAUCCCACGAAGGCACCGCAGAGCGUGGAUGACAUACGCCAGACCCUCUACACAAGGAAAAUGAAUCUGAAGUGGCGGACUGUUGUGUCGCCGCUACUUGCCGCCCUACCGCCUGCGAUGCGUGGAAGCUCAUGA